AUGGCGUUGAAAAAGAAAAUUUCGUCGCCGAAGGAGGAGCAGCUCUUCAUGCUCGAGAUAUUUAUCGAUCAGGUGAAUCUGGAGCCCGAGAGAACUUCGGAUACGAACGUCGAGGAUCUGAUCGUCUCCGUAAGAUUCACCGACCUGCCAGAGUAUGAAUUGAGCGUUCCCAAAAACAGCGAAAACAGUCACACGGAGAAUGGUGAACUGACGGGAAAUUCGGACGACCGUAAAUUCAGUAAAUCGUGUAUAUUCGCCAAGACGCCGAGUAGUUUGAUCAAAGCCCUGAAAUCUACACCGUUGUACGUAAACGUGCAUCGAGCACAUUCUCCCGAAGCUGUUCUAGGCACAGCGAAGAUUUCCCUGCCUGCCUGCAUGUGCGAUCAAGUGUCCUCCUCGCGAAAUCGAAUCAACGGAUUAGCCGUACCGUGCAUAGUAAGAGACACCUUUGAUCUAACCGAUUCCGCUGGCACCACGACCGGUAGCGUAUCCGUCUCUUUGAGAUUAUCCUGUUUCGGUAGCUCGAUCGUCAAAAGUUUCUGUCUGACCGGAAAGUCUUUUAUGCUCGAGGACUCGCCGCUUCAAAAGUUUCUCUGCCCUUAUCUCACGCCUAGUAUAAAGGUCUCGAACGACGAAACGGCGGCUGUCGAACCGUCGCUGAAACGGCCAGCGUCACCGCCGCGUAUUCCGAUGAACGAUCCUGCUUUCAAACGACUGACCACGGCCGAGAAGCUCAACGAUCCUAAGUUCCGAGAAUUAGUUUACAGAGCUUAUCCAGAUGAACCCACUUGCUGCUGUCUGCCGACUGAUCGAUCGACGCAUCCCAUGGAAUGCCGUUCCGGUUGCAACCGUCCUUGCUGCAUGAAACUGAGAAAUCCCCAAGUAUUGGCCACGCACAAAGGUAAGCCUAUCGAGGACACGUCGGUCGGUACUUAUUGCGUGAACGACUCGAACGGGGAACCGCCGUGCUCUAACGCGUCGAGGCUCAGAGGCGGUGGCGACAUCGAGCAGAUUUACAUAGAUCCAACGGGAUACAAAUGGACCGACUACAACGGGGAUUACAAUUGGUACGGCGCGAUAAACGCCACAGAAAUACGAUUAGAGGGCGGUGGAGAGAACGGCAUGUCUAGCUGCAGCUGUUCCGGGGGUCCGGUGCCCGUCAAACAAUCACAGUCCAAAGAGGAGAACCUGAUAGCCAUAUUCGACGCGUGCAAGCCUCGCGUGACAUCCACCGGGCCCAGGCCCGCGUGCGUUUGCGCGGGAAAGGAUACGGAAAUGUGGCAUACGGGCGCCGCGAAAUGCUCCAAGGAGCCCUGCUUGGGCGUGGACUGUUUGAUUCGGGCUUUCAAAGAGGCGCAGGACUUUGUCGAUAACAUUGGAAAAGUGCCGGGCCUGCCCGGACUGGGUCUGAUGGACCCCUCCGAGAGCCCGUACUUUGGCAGAGACAUCGACAAGGACUACGUGCCCAAGGAACCCCAGCAACCCGAAAAAAGGAAACUACAUCCUCCUGCUCCUCAAGCACCCCCGCCAGCCCCGUGCAGCGCGCCGUGCAACGUGCAACGAGGCAAAUCGAACGACGACCAGCGCGCUCAGCUACCUUACGUGCCGCCAGCACCUUUGGGAGGUCUCAUGCUUCCACCCCGAUUGGGAAUCGUACGCGAGGCCAUACCUGUACUGCCGGAGGCGGGCCCGGCCACGUCAAUGAAACAAAGGAAACGGGACGACAAGAAGGAAGACAGGAGCGAGAAGCAGAAGGACUACGACGUAGUGGCCGCGCUAAUGGACACCGAGAUGGGCCCUUGCGGCGAGCCCAGAUGCAAAUCCAGGAGAAAGAGACCGGCGGAGGUUACCAAUGGUACGCUAAGCGCGACUCUCGUGUCCUCGAAGACGACGAGCCGUCGAAGGUCUGUCAAGGGUUCGAAGAAACGACGCGACAGGUUCAGCAAAUCGCCCGGCGGCAGAGGCAGGUCGCGUGAAAAAGGUGGCGCGGGAGGAGAGUAUCGCAGAGGCAGAGACGUUGCUCCAGGACCUGGGGGCGAUCGCGAGCACGGUUCGAGGCCGUCGAUAGCGGUCAGCAAACGAGUGAUGCGAUUCGUCUACUUCGUUGGCGACCAUUACCCGGGUAUCAACUACGGACACAGGGACUGCAUCGACGUGCGCAUGAGGGUGCCUGCUAACAUGGGGUGGUUAUGGAACACCGUGGCCAUCGCGGGCCACCUCAAGCCGCGAAUCGGCUGGAAACCGGGCGCCAUUAGCCGUUACGUGUACGAGUUGAUGCAGGAGGCGAAGGAGAACUCUAUGCUGGACGAGACUACGUCGAUGACGACGACGAAAUCGGCGGAGCGUGGGAAGACUGGGACUGUACGCGGAAGAACGACGUUCGAGCGCGGAAAGGCGACGACUGGACGCGGAAGAACGGUGAUCGAACGCGGAAAAACGACGACCAGCCGUGGAAAAACGACGAUAGAACGAGCACGAGGCGCCGGCGAACGCGGGAAACCGACGACGAUCCAGAGGAGCGGAUCGAGAAGACGGGGCAGAAGAACGUCGGAGUCCAUGCAAAGAGUGCAGUCCACGAUGGAGGACGAGGACCAAGGCGCGGAGAGCCCACCGACUCUGCACGUCCACAGAAAAGACGGGACUUAUUACGUGACGAUGUACCCGAUCAGACAAGAGACGACGGCCGAACCGCGGUUGUCCGAGCCCAUAAAGCCGCUGCAGUUCAAAAUCGUGAAGAACAAAGACGACGCCUCGGUCGCGUCCAGCUCCACGGCGUCCGACAUGGAAAUCGAAUUCUCUCCACCUGCGGCGGUCACCAGGUACCGCAAGAAGCCCGACGUGAUUCACGUCGAUACGCAGGUUCGUCAGCAGGAGAUUCUGGACGCCGUGAAGACGGAGAGUACGAGGAAGAAAGACAGGAAAGCCAAGAGGGAGAGAAAGUUGAAACCGGAAACUGCGAAGAAAGAGGAGGGAGGCAAAUCAAAGGCUUCGGCGUGA